GUAACAUUGAAUCAGUUACAGGUCGCUUAGCUGGAGCUCAGUUGUGUGGACGGUCUCGGAUGCGGACAGAGGAGCGCAUAUGGUUUCACAGCAUCAGGAUCUGUGAGGAUCUGAGGAUUACAGCCGCAGAAAGAGGAAUCCUUACUGCGCCUUUUUGGAGCCGCCAAUUCACUGUGGAUAUACUGACAUCAACGGAAUAUAAAGAGGGGAUUACUGAAAGGUCAGAACAUCCAUAGUCAUGGAUGGGGUGAAGACAUGGGUCGUCUUUGGGGGCAUCAUGGUGGUGCUGGUUUCAGUUACUUCCGGUCUGUCGCCUCCUACCAUUGUGUCCAACGAAGAAGAGUUCACCCUCCAGCCGAACUCCGUGUUCAACAUCAGCUGCACCGGGAAGAGGAACGUGGUCUGGGACGAACCGCUACCGAGAAACACCUUCGUUUACCCGGGAUACUACACCGCCACGCUGUUCAUCUACAACGCUACCGUGGAGAACACCGGCUACUACAUGUGUUCCUACGAGACACCGGAAGGAGACCUGGAGGACGAACCGGAGGACGACAACGAGGCGGGAAUAUAUGUCUUCGUCCCAGAUCCCCUGGCUCCAUUUGUCCCCGAGACCCCUGAAAACUUGGUCGUCCCCAUGCAGACACUUGGGUCCCCCAUCUCCUGCCGCGUGUCGGACCCCAACACCCACGUCAUCCUGAGGAGCGUCUCCAGCGGAGAGGAGAUGUCUGUCUACUACGAUAACAAGAUGGGCUUCUUUGGAAGCCUCUUGCCCGGACAGUACCAGUGUGAAACCACAGUGAACGGACAGACUUUCAGAAGUGUCAUUUAUACCGUGGAGACUGAGGCCCCCUCGGAGCUGGAGGAUUUCGACGUUGAAGUGAAAGCCAGUGGGGAGACGGUGAGGGCCGGGCAGCCGUUUAACAUCACGUGUGUCUCGCCCGCUGGACUCAACUUCCAUCAGCAGUGGCUCCAUCCUAAAAAACAGGCUGUGGAUGCAGUUCAGAGGAAACAGACUUUUCCCGACCGGGUCGUCUACACCCUCAGUAUCCCAAAAGCCACCUCUCAGGACAGCGGCUCCUACGAGUGCUCCGUCACGCAGGAAUCCAGCGGCGAGGUCAGAGUUAGCAGCGUGGCGGUCACCGUCUUCGAGGAGAACUCCUUCGUGGCUCUGGACCACAGUGGGAUUCUGGCGACGGAGUUCGUCGGCCUUUUAGAGGAGACCGAGUUCACCAUCCUCAUUGACGCCUACCCGGCCCCCAAAGUGUCUUGGCUGAAAGACGGCAAAGCAAUGCCUCAGACCUACUACGUCCUCACCAAAACGAGCCACCUCGGAGGGAAUCGGUAUCAAAGCAUUCUGACAUUACGGCAGACUCUGGUGAAAGACAACGGGACUUAUACCAUCACAGCCCUCAGCGGCUCUCGCACCGCUCACUUCUCCUUCACCCUCAAAGUGAAAGCCCCCACCGCCAUGAUGUUCCCACCGUCCUACGCCCCGGUGUUGCUGCCCUCGUUAGAGGAGAUGGUGGUACCCCUCCACACUCCGUUCACCUUGACCUGUCAGGCAGAGGGUAAACUAGCCUGGGAGAUGCCGUUCGACGUUCACGAGCAAACAAAGGAGGACAACAGCGGGAUGUUCGUCACCACCGUCACCGUGGACAACGCCACCGCAAUGCACACCGGCUACUAUACCUGCUUCUACAGAAACAACACCAGCGAGGAUAUGGAGGACAGCAGCAUCUACAUCUACGUGCCAGAUCCAGAUGUUCCCUUUGUGCCAUCGCCGGUGCCUUUUGGCAACCACGUCCUGUCCGACCACGAGGAGAUGGAGAUCCAGUGUCGAGUGUCCGAUCCCAGCGCUAACGUGACGCUGGUUAACGUCGACACCCAGCAGCCCGUGUCUAGUGUUUAUGACAGCAAGAGGGGCGCAUUGGGAGUGUUCACCGCUGGAACCUACGUCUGUAUGGCGCUUAUUAACGGAGAGGAGCACUACAGCGGGGAGUACAUCGUCCACGGCUGGACAGGUGGUGCUGCGCUGCAUGUUGAGCUGACGGCCAAACGGACCGCUCUGCUGGUGGGAGACACCAUCACCGUCACCUGUGUGGCUCGGGGGUCUGAGAUACUGGAAGACCACUGGAAAUACCCUGGCAAACUGGCAAAUCGUGCUGUGAAAACCGUGCAUGAGAAUAAGAGAAAUCAGGAGAUCCUCUACACCCUGACGAUCUCGCAGGCCUCAACCAAAGACAGCGGCAUCUACUCGUGCUCCAUCACCGAUAUCAUCAGCGACGAGAGCCAGACGAAGGAAUUAGUCGUCAGAGUUUAUGCGAGAGAGUUCAUGUCCGUCUAUCCGGAGUUUGGAGAAUAUGAAUCGGCAGAGCUGGAUGAAGUCCGGGAGUUCAGAGCGGAAAUCAGCUCCUUCCCCGGCGCUCAUGUCACGUGGCUCAAAGACGGCGUCCCGUUCAGUGAUGUGACAGCGGAGAUCUCCACCAGCCUCCAGCAGGUCAGCGAGACCAGCUACAUGAGUGUUCUCACCCUGAUCCGGGCCAAAGAGGAGGACAGCGGGAACUACACCAUGCGAGCGGAGAACGGAGACCAAAGUCGUGACGUCAGUUUAAUCCUGGAGGUCAAAGUGCCUGCAUUCAUCGUGGACCUGAUGGACAUCCACCACGGCUCGGCCACGGGACAGUCGGUGGUGUGUAUCACCAGAGGGCAGCCCACUCCGGUGGUGGAGUGGUUCGUCUGCAAGAACAUCAAACAUUGUGCCAACGACUCGUCUGCCUGGGUGCCGCUCCCCGCCAACUCCACGGAGAUCACGAUGGACUCGCACAUGGAUGAGGAGAGCAACCUGGAGAGCCAGGUUAUGUUUGGCCACCUGGAGAGCACGCUGGCGGUGCGCUGCCUGGCCAGGAACGAGAUGGCCGCCGUCAGCAGGGAGGUCAAACUGGUGUCCAACGGCCCUCACCCAGAGCUGACUGUAGCUGCUGCUGUGCUGGUGCUCCUCGUCAUUGUCAUCAUCUCACUCAUUGUCUUGGUUAUUAUCUGGAAACAGAAACCGCGGUACGAGAUCCGCUGGAGGGUCAUAGAGUCUGUGAGCCCGGACGGCCAUGAGUACAUCUACGUGGAUCCCAUGCAGCUUCCCUACGACUCCAGAUGGGAGUUCCCCCGGGACAGACUGGUGCUCGGUCGUAUCCUGGGCUCUGGAGCCUUCGGGAAAGUGGUCGAGGGCACCGCUUACGGACUCAGCCGCUCCCAACCUGUGAUGAAGGUGGCAGUGAAGAUGCUGAAACCCACAGCCCGCUCCAGUGAGAAACAGGCCCUGAUGUCUGAACUGAAGAUCAUGACUCAUCUCGGACCGCAUCUCAACAUUGUUAACCUCCUGGGAGCGUGCACCAAGUCAGGCCCAAUCUACAUUAUCACUGAGUACUGCUUCUACGGGGACCUGGUCAACUACCUGCACAAGAACAGGGAGACCUUCCUCAGCCUGAACCCAGAGAAGACCAAGAAAGAGAUGGAUAUCUUUGGGAUCAACCCUGCGGACGAGAGCAGCAGAAGUUAUGUGAUCCUGUCCUUCGAGAGCAAAGGGGACUACAUGGAUAUGAAGCCGUCCGACAACACUCAGUAUGUUCCCAUGCUGGAGAUGAACAACGGCUCCAAGUACUCAGACAUCCAGCAGUCUGAAUACGACCACCCGCCCUCUCAGAAAGAGGACGAGCUGGACGACCUGCUGUCAGACGACAUGAACGAAGGCCUCUCCACCACCGACCUGCUCAGUUUCACCUACCAGGUGGCCAAAGGCAUGGAGUUCCUGUCCUCCAAGAAUUGUGUGCAUCGGGACCUCGCCGCCAGGAACGUCCUCCUCUCUCAGGGAAAGAUAGUGAAGAUCUGUGACUUCGGACUGGCCCGGGACAUCAUGCACGACAACAACUACGUCUCCAAAGGGAGCACUUUCCUCCCAGUGAAGUGGAUGGCUCCGGAGAGUAUUUUUGACAACAUGUACACCACUCUGAGUGAUGUUUGGUCCUACGGCAUCCUGCUCUGGGAGAUAUUCUCCUUAGGUGGAACCCCGUACCCUGGGAUGGUCGUGGAUUCAAGCUUCUACAACAAGAUCAAGAGUGGAUACAGGAUGUCCAAACCGGAGCAUGCACCUCAGGACGUGUAUGAGAUGAUGAUGAAGUGCUGGAACAGCGAGCAGGAGAAGAGGCCGACUUUCCUGGGUCUGAGUGACACCGUAUCGUCUUUGCUGCCCUCCAGCUACAAGAGGCAUUACGAACGGGUGAACCACGAGUUCCUGAAGAGCGACCACCCCGCCGUGACCCGGAUGUGCGUGGAGAACGACGACGCCUACAUCGGCAUCACCUACAAGAACCAGGGCAAGCUGAAGGACCGGGAGAGCGGCUUCGACGAGCAGCGGCUGAGCUCCGACAGCGGCUACAUCAUCCCCCUCCCCGACCUGGACCCCAUAUCUGAUGAUGAAUACGGAAAGAGGAACAGACACGGCUCUCAGACGUCCGAGGAGAGCGCCAUUGAGACGGGCUCCAGCAGCUCCACUUACGCCAAGCGUGAGGGCGAGACUCUGGAGGACAUCACGCUGCUGGAUGAGAUGUGUCUGGACUGUAGCGACCUCGGGGAGGACAGCUUCCUGUGACGACUACCCGGCCUGUAGAGCAGAAGCAGCGAGGAAACGGGGCGAAACAGAGAAAAACUUGUAAAAUCAACCAAAGACUCUCGGCUGUGGACCCUCCUCCGUUCCUCCUUCCUUCCUUCACCACCCCAUUCAGAGGACAGAACAAUCAAAACCACUUCCCCUGUCUGGAUGAGUCUGUGGUGACGGUACGGUACGCCCUUCACUCCUCCACUGGACGCCGCCCCCUGUAGGGCCGGAGGAGCGAGCGAGCAUUGAUGACAACGUGACAUCAAGGGACUCAAAGAACCACCGAGCCUGCGUGUCGGAUUAUCUUUUUUAAUUUGCAGAGCUUUAUUCUAUCGGGCAUUUUUCUAACAGCAAUAUAAGCAAAGAAGGGACGAACUAUACACGUUGGUCAAAGUAUAUAUUUAACCACUACGGAUGCACUAAACUAAAGGAGUCCAAUACUAGCAACAGCACCGGCAGGUAAACACUCACCUGCUGCAAGAGAAGCACCUGAUGCUGGCACAAUCAGUAGCAAUAAGCACAAAAUCUGGACUAUGUUUGUGUUUAUGACCAUAUCCUGUAUUCAAUGGGGGAAAUACGUGCGGUUAUUUCAAAUUUAUUUUUUUACUUCAUCAUUAUGUCAAACAUGUAUUAUUUGUGAAUACCGAGUAGAUGUUGCUGUUUGAGUGGUGAUGAGAAUAGAGCUUUUUCUCAACGUGAUGUCGUCCCCUGAAGACCUCAGUCAGAUGUGUGUCGUUUAUGGGCUUUGAAAAACAAAACCAAGUGUGAUUGUAUUGUAAAUAGCUCCAGAGUUGUUUUUUUUAUAAGAGAGACUUAUUGGGAUAUCAGUAUUUUAUGUUAGCACAUAUUAAAGGGAUAGUUGGGGUGUUUUUGAAGUGGGGUUGUAUGAGGUA